UCGCUGAUAUGAAUCUGUAUUACACUUGAACCGCCUCCCGCUGUCCAUGUCAUCGCCGUGUCAAGAUUUGUAUAAAUAUCGUUGACGGCUCAACUUGGAGAUAUCAGUCUUUCAACUGUUUCAUUCAACUCACAAGUGCUCCAACAUGAAGUUCUUCAUCCUCGCCGCUGUUUUCGCUGUUGCCGCCGCCAGCUCUUACAAGGCCCCUGAAUACGCACCCAGAUAUGAGGCCCCUAAAUACGAUGCUCCCAAAUACGAGGAAGUCACCUACGCCCCUCAGCCCUACAGCUUCGGUUAUGACGUCCAGGAUAAGGAAUCCUACAACGAUUUCGAUCACUCUGAGAAAUCGGAUGCCAACGUAGUCACCGGAUCUUACCGCGUUGCUCUUCCUGACGGCCGCACUCAAAUCGUUUCCUACAAGGCUGACAGCUACGGAUACACCGCCGAUGUCAAGUACGAAGGUGAAGCCCAGUACCCCGAAUACAAACCGACUGAGUACAAAGCUGCUGCCUACCCCGCUCCUGCUUACAAGGCCCCUGAAUAUAAAGCUCCUGCCUACCCCGCACCAGCCUACAAGGCCCCUGAAUACAAAGCUCCUGCCUACCCCGCACCAGCCUACAAGGCCCCUGAAUACAAAGCUCCUGCCUACACCGCCCCGGCUUACAAGGCCCCAGCUUACGAAGCUCCCGCCUACACUGCUCCCAUCUACAGAGCUCCAGCACCAGCCUACAGCACCCCAGUUUACACUGCUCCCGCUGCCUACCCCAAAUACUAAGCUGCGGAAUACGCCCCCAAGUACGAGGCUCCCAAAUACGAGGAAGUCACUUACGCCCCUCAGCCAUACAGCUUCGGCUAUGACGUCCAGGAUAAGGAAUCCUACAACGAUUUCGACCACUCUGAGAAAUCGGAUUCCUACGGAGUCACUGGAUCUUACCGUGUUGCCUUGCCCGAUGGCCGCACCCAAAUCGUGACCUACAAGGCUGAUAAGGACGGAUACACCGCUGAUGUUAAAUUCGAAGGAGAGGCCAAAUACCCCGAAUACAAAGAGGCCGAGUACAAACCCGCUGCCUACCCCGCUCCAGCCUACAAGGCUCCCGAAUACAAAGCCCCAGCCUACCCCAAAUAUUAAGAUUCCAGCUCUUCUAUCCUUACUUCUAUCAGCCUAAUUUAUUGACUAUCGAAGAAAUGGUUGAGUGUUUCAAUGAUGUCUGAAAAUGGCAAUUUCAUCUUGACCGUAUGCAACAUCGUUGACACUUACGAAGUGUAAAUAAACCUUCUGAUACAACAUCAA